UCUCCUCUUCUGUCCCUCCUCGCUCCUCUCUCCUCCACACGCACAAAACGCUCUGUCAUGGCGUCUUCCAACAAUGUUACCCCCACCAACUGUAGCUGGUGGCCCAUCUCAGCCAUGGACGAAGACGGCAAAAUCACAGACGGGGAGCAGUGCGAAGAACCGAUGGCAGAGCCCAAACCCUUCAGUAAAGACAGGCUCGUUUUGUACCACUGGACGCAGUCUUUCACCUCCCAAAAGGUCCGUCUCGUCAUCAAUGAGAAGGGUCUGGUGUGCGAGGAGAGGGAUGUGAGCAUGCCGCUGCAGGAGCACAAGGAGCCCUGGUUCAUGAGGCUGAACCUGGGGGAGGAGGUGCCCGUCUUCCUCCACGGCGACACCAUCAUCAGUGACUACAACCAGAUUAUAGAUUACCUGGAGAAAAACUUUGUGGGAGACGCGGUGGCUCAGCUGGUUCCUGAUGCAGAUUCGCCUCUCCGCGAUCGAGUGCAGCAGUACCGUCAGCUACUGGAUGGUCUGCCCAUGGACGCUUACACACACGGCUGCAUCCUCCAUCCGGAGCUCACCACCGACUCUAUGAUCCCAAAGUACGCCACCGCAGAAAUACGUAGACACCUGGCCAACGCUGCGACAGAGCUGAUGAAGUUGGACCAUGAGGAGCCUCAGCUGACAGAACCAUACCUGUCAAAGCAGAAGAAGCUCAUGGCAAAAAUCUUGGACCAUGAUAAUGUCAACUACCUGAAGAAAAUUCUGGGGGAGUUAGCCAUGGUUCUAGAUCAAGUGGAGGCUGAGCUGGAGAAAAGAAAACUAGAGUAUCAAGGUCAAAAGUGUGAGUUGUGGCUAUGUGGACCUGAAUUUACACUAGCUGACGUCUGCCUCGGAGCCUUGUUGCACAGGCUCAAGUUCUUGGGACUUUCUAAGAAAUACUGGGAGGACGGCAGCCGACCCAACCUGCAGUCCUUUUUUGUGCGUGUGCAAAAACGCUACGCUUUCCGCAGGGUCUUGGGCGACAUCCACACGACCCUUCUGUCGGCGGUCUUACCCAACGCCUUCCGGAUGGUAAAAAAGAAGCCACCGUCCUUCUUCGGGGCCUCUUUUCUCAUGGGCUCGCUGGGAGGGAUGGGCUACUUUGCCUACUGGUAUUUAAAAAAGAAAUACAUGUAGUGAAUGCCGUCUUGUUGUGUUAAAUGUCUGUGUAUUUGUGUGAUGUUUCAACUUUUCUGUAAUGUUUUAUGACUGCAGGAAAACAUAAUGAAUCUAUAUAGAGAACACUAUUACUUACCUGGGUGAACAAAGAAUAUUAAAACAUUCCGUGAUAAGAAAUUCUUGACAGCACAUUUUCUGGUAAUCAACGCCUUCAUCGAGUUUAAUUUCUGGCAACUUGCGGCCGGCAAGUCCUUGUUUAACUUUUUGUUGGAGGCAUGCAUCGGGUCUUCUUGUGCAGAAAACUUAGAGAAGAAGAAACCCAGACGAAAUGUUAAAUACAGUACCACCAAACGGGUUAACUGACCUUCGCAUGCCACUAUUAUAGUCAUAACUCAUAGCUGCUCUUCACUCCUACACCAGCCUGAGGUUUAAACCAGUAAAAACCACAGGGAAAUGUUCUGAGACAAAAACUUUCUGAUACGUGCUGUGCUGCCAGAAACUGCCAGAAGAAAUGAUAAAUGGAUGAAGGCAAAGUUUACGGGAGUAGCUCGACAUUUUUGGGGAAACUUGCUUUUUUUUACCUUCUCGCUGGGACAUAGAUCGAUAGCACUCUGUCUGUUAAAUAUGACGCUACAGCCAGGCGACGGCUAGCUUAGCUUAGCGUAAAGACUGCGACAGGGGGAAACAGCUAG